UUAAGAUAUCGUUGGUUAUCAUUGGGUAUAUAACCUCCACCAGCGCUGAAGGCUGGUCACUGCUGCCUCCACCGACUUCAGCAUGGCUCGCUUGUGUUAUAUUGUGGCGAUGAUUAUGUUAUCGUUGGCGUCUGCGUCAGCCUGCACUGCUCCCUUUACCCUCGUGGGCGGAGGAUGCUACUACUUCGAGCAGACUCUCAUGUUGUGGGAGGACGCCAGGGAUUACUGCAGGAGUCUUGUGAGUGAAGGAUACAGCACUGAUUUGGCAGUAGUGCAUUCUUGUGAUCAGCUCGGCGCCAUCUGGGAGCACGUCCUCAUUGAAUAUGGAGAACGUGUCUCGCUCUGGAUUGGUGGCACAGACACCACUCAGGAAGGCAGUUGGAAAUGGGUCAAUGGUGACACGGUGCCAAGCGGAGUCCCCUACUGGACUCCAAAUAGUCCUCACGUUGACGACACAAGGAACCACUUGGCUCUGCACUCCGACACUGGCUACUUUAUAGAUAACGGUGGCGAAUCUCUGUGGUCCAUCUGUGAGCAGACGUCGCUGCUCGAUGCUCCUAAGGAACCUGUGGAACCGUGUCAGUGAACGAGGAACUGCGCUACAGCUUAGUUUGCAUGUCAUUUGGAGGUUUUUUUUAUUGGCUGGAGCAGAACUAGCAUCAAUCUUUUUUUAUGAUUUUUUAUAACAGGGAUAACUUUUUUUUUACAUGUCAAGAACAUAUGGUAGACGAUCUUUUGGGCCUGAUAUUUGGACUGGAGGGUAGAGCGACGGUCUAGCUUAAUCUUGCAGGUUUGAGUUCGAUUCCCCGACGGUCCAAAUGGUUGGGCACCAUUCCUUCCCUCCGUCCUAUAUCUGAUCCCUUUCCUUAUAUCCCUUGUAUGUGCUACAUAGUCAUAUAUUGGCUUAGCACCUACUUUUUGCCCUGAAGGGAAGGGAACUAUCAGGAUAAAGCACCAAGCCAUUACGAUUACAUAGCACUUGGAAGGGAUCAGGAUAAAAACUUGGGAUGGGACGAAGGGAAAGGGAUGGUGCCCCAACCACUCAGAAGGUCGUGGAUUGAACGCCGACCUGCAUGAAGCGAAACCGUUGCUCUACCAUCCAGCCCAUUUGACCUGAACUAGGUUUAUUUGCUAUAAGAGUUAUACUAAAACUCCUGAAAAAGAUAUAUGACAUAGAGGAGCAAGUGAAGACCAUAGUGGAGAAGCACUGAUAUAAUAUUCAUGCUGGCAUCACUGGAACAUCUAUCUAAACCUAACGAGGUUACUGACAUAAUAGUAACGAUGUCACUGACACAGUAACAACGACGUCAUGACAUCAUCACCGAGGUCACUGACAUUGAAAGUGCAUUUUGAACAAUAAAUAAUGACUCAUUACUGAGCCAUAGUUACUGUGACCCAUGACUCAAGACAGAACAGUAGUAAAGAAGAAGAAGAAUACACAUCUAAUUCAAUCUAAGAAUGUCUAAUAUAUGCAUGAAUACAGUAGUUAAGAUCUGUCCGCUUCUGAAAUAUUUUUUAUCUGGUUAUUCUGGAUAUUUCAUUUGACCUUUGUCAUGUUUUUCACUUUCAUUCUAUGUAAAAUAGAUAAUAUUAUUUACAGUGUAUUUUGAUAAUAGUAUUAUUAACAAAUUAUCAGGUAGAAUUUUUGCUAUUAAAGCUGUCAAUAGGGCAAACUAGGAAAGACUUAAUUACCGCAUAAUCCAACAUAAGGCUUUGUUUACACCUGAAAGAUUUUUCACUGAAGGGCAAGCAAGCACAAGGCAUGUUAUAUUAAUAAAAAAAAAAUCAUAUCAGUGGUUGUAGAUUGUCUUUGUACAACUGUGAAGUACUAUGAAUAUCUCUCUGAUUAUUAACUUUCAGCAACUGCAAGAAUAUGUGUUGCUGAAAUAUGUAGUUUCAUUAUACAUGAAUUUGUAGUUGCUGAAAUAUGUAGUUUCAUUAUACAUGAAUUUGUACUUGUUGAAAUAUGUCGUUUCAUUAUACAUGAAUUUGUAGUUGCUGAAA